ACGCCGUAGCUGCCUGAGGCGGAGGCCUGAGGCGGAGGCCGGCCCCGGUGGCGGCGAUGGCGGAGAGGCCCGAGGACCUGAACCUGCCCAAUGCCGUUAUCACUAGGAUCAUCAAGGAGGCGCUCCCGGACGGUGUCAACAUCUCCAAGGAGGCCCGGAGCGCCAUCUCCCGCGCCGCCAGCGUCUUCGUGCUGUACGCCACAUCCUGUGCCAACAACUUCGCGAUGAAAGGGAAACGCAAGACUCUGAAUGCCAGUGAUGUGCUCUCAGCAAUGGAAGAGAUGGAGUUCCAGCGGUUCAUUACCCCCUUAAAGGAAGCUCUGGAAGCGUAUAGGAGGGAGCAGAAGGGCAAGAAGGAAGCCUCAGAGCAGAAGAAGAAAGACAAAGACAGGAAAACGGAUUCAGAAGAGCAAGACAAGAGUAGGGACGAGGACAAUGACGAAGACGAGGAAAGGCUAGAAGAAGAAGAACAGAACGAAGAGGAGGAAGUGGACAACUGAAUAGGGUGAGGAGACUGUGGCACCUGGGAAGGUACCACUCUGAAAUGUGGUGCGGGUUUAUGUGAAGCAUUUUCCUACUGGGCAGGGCAGUCUUAGGCAGAAGAGCCUGAGAAGAUGGAAACGAAAACUGGCUAGAAAUAUCAGAACCAGCGCUUCCCACGCUCAGAGCAUCUGAGAAGCAGAAUGCUGUUUUGCUUAAUCAGUCUGAAGGUUAUGACUUUCUGGCAAGAGGGAUUCCAAACUGAUAAUUUGAUCAGUCAGUUUGGCCUCGUUUACUUAUAUAUAUGAUUAGGUACUUUUUGAUUCCCAGUUCCCUCCCAUCCCCACCAAAAAUAACUUCCAUGACACCUGCUGUGUUUCAGAUCACAGGAGGCAGUCAAGGCUCAGGAAAAAUUGGGGCUUAGGUCAUGGUCAGCCUGUUCGUACAGUAUUUGGCAAUCCUAGCUUAUUACAAGUGGACACAACUACUAAACGGCUGUGAGAACAAUGAAAUCUGUGCUCUCUUCACUUGACAGUAACAUUAAUUUAAUUUUGGUUUCUACCCAAGCACUUGGCUUGGGGCCCGUCUAUAUUGCCUGGAGGAUAUUUGACCUAUUGGCUGUUGGGGUGGCUGCACUCUGGGCACAUAGGCUUUUAAAUCCUUAAUAAUGAGUGAAAUUAGUCAAGCAAGUGUGCCAAUGUCUUACUCUUACAAAGCAGAUGGCUUAGUCUUAGAUGUACCUCACUGCCUGCUACUGCACAGCUUUAGAAUCUGCACACCUCCUGGAAGGUAUAAAAUUCUAGGCUUUCUCUUGUAGUCCAUCUCCCAGACUUGUGACUAUGGUUUUUCAUUCUUCCAACUUGUGACAAGUUCCAAACUUUAUUUCUUCUAGGCAUAACUUUCUCCUGUGCUUCUCCCUUCCUGCCUCUCCUCUGCUCUUCUCCCCCCAUUCCCACUUUCUCCCUCCUCUUCUCACUCUGCCACUCCAGGAACUUUGAUAACCUGCUUAAUAUCCUGAAAUGAGGGUUCCUCUGAUUUCUUAGUUAUAACCUCAUGUUUUUAUUUUUUUUAUUUUUUGUUGUUUUCUUUUUCUUUAAUUUUUGUUGUUGUUUUUCUUUGCUUUCUAAUCUCAUGUCUUUAAAAAAUGGUUUUGUAAACCUCUGUGAACCUUAAGGGAAAUCUGGCGGUGCUCAGGAAUCUAAUUCCCCACCACCACCACCAACCAUCCCCUUUAACUGCUUCUAAAGUACCUCUGUUGACCUUUCUUGGGUUUUUGUGUUGUUUUUUUUCUCUCCCUUUCCAUUUAGUGCUCCAAGCACUUUUUUGCUUGUCUCUAAGGCAGUUGACAGGUAGUGAAAUGUAGUUUGACACUGUUAAUUUGUUAAAUUAAUACAGUGAAAAAUUUGUUGAUAAAUGAGUGAAGAAUGUUGAGAAAAUUAUAGUGCUUUGUACAAAUAAAGAACUUUCUUGUUAAAAGUGA